GAUGAGAGAGUAUAUUAAGGCCUGCAUCCUCCAGGUAUCGUCCUUCUCGUCUUCACCUCCUGCCCAGAGCGUUCGGAGACUCUUCUUGGAUUUCUAACUGCUGUGAGGAGACCAUCGAGGAUAACCCGCUUUCAGAAUGAAUAAGGUUUUAGUUGCCGUGCUGGCUGUGGCGCUGCUCUUUGUCGCAGCUGAGGGGUUGAACUGUUACUCCUGUUCAGUGGGGAUUUUGGGGAAGUGUUUCAUAAGCAGCUCACAAACCUGCGGCAGCACCCAAAACAGCUGCUUCAAGGGACAAGCAGCGUUCAACUUGACAGGCGCUCUGAAUUUCUACACCAGCGGCUGCAUCAACUCCACCAACUGCGUCACCAGCACGGGGACCAUUCUGGGCGUCGGUUACACCGUCACCCAAACAUGCUGCAGCACGGACCUCUGCAAUGGAGCCAGCAGCGUCCGGCUGCCACUCACUGCAGCUGUUGGCGCCGCCCUGCUGGCCACCACUUGGAGCUUCAUGUAGAAAACCUCCAGUUUACCUCAUUUUCUAUUAUCCAUGCUGUCUCCAGUCCUAAUCCUGGGGAAUUGUGUUCUAUGCUCUCUCAUUUGAGACAUUUAAGUAUCAUGAAGGAUUCUGUCCACAGGACUGAAGCUGGGAACUAAUAAUAUAAAUUACUUAUUAAGGACAAAAAAAGACAAAGUCAAGUAUGAUAAGCUUUUCUUUUCUGGAUGCUUGAAUAUAAUAGGAACAAAAUGUUACUGUAGAAAAUAUUUAACUUUUUUCAAUUGCUAGGAUGAGGGCACUUUACACUUUCUCAGGUAAUAGUGUGUCUCUGAGGCGAUGAUGCACUAGAUAUUAAAAAGUUGUCAAAUGAUGUACAAUGCUACCAAUUAUUGUGCUGAAAUUGAUCCUCUUGUAGGAAAAAACUGUUUU